CCGGGAGCCGGCGGCGUGCGCUGGCGGAACUGCGGUUCGGACCCCGCGCGCCUGCCGCAGAGGGAGGCUCGUGAGCCGUUUGCUGUGCCGGCAUACAUCGGAAGAAGCCAAAAGCCAGCUGGAAUAGCCCCUGAAUGCGAUUUUAAUCUUGUUUGCAAUUAUUUUGAAGGGGAGAAACCAUCUGUGUCAGCUGAAUGUUUUCUUGGAAACCUUUCUCUGACAUUGUCAUGUGAACCAACCCAUUAACAAGUAGACUCUUCUGAAGCAACAAUCUGGAAAGAGUGGCUGCUAAGGUCUGAAAAUCCUAAAACAAACUCUUACUUACACUGAAGAUUCCUCUCCCUUUCCACUCCACAUUUGCAUGGAAGAGAAUACCAAGAAUUAAGAUGUUCUGGUUUCAAGGAAAUAGCAUGCAACUUGCUAAAUCUUCCUUUGGACUCUUCUUGAGAAAUCUCUCUGCCUCUAAGACAACUUUGCCUGUGCUGACCUUAUUCACAAAGGAUCCAUGCCCACUCUGUGAUGAAGCCAAGGAAGUACUCAAGCCUUAUAAAAACAGGUUUAUUUUACAGGAGGUGGACAUCACACUUCCAGAAAAUUCUGCUUGGUAUGAAAAGUAUAAAUUUGACAUUCCUGUCUUUCAUUUGAAUGACCAGUUUCUAAUGAAGCAUCAAGUAAACACCUCAAAACUUGAGAAACAACUUCUGAAAUUUGAGCAGCAAGGUGCUACAGACUGACUAAUGCCUUCAUGGUUUUCUACCCUCUCUGUCCAUAAUGCAUCUUCCUAAGGAAAUGACCAUGGCCUCAUACUCCUUUUGUCACUUUUCACAGAGCCCUAAGGCUGUUUUGAACUCAGUGGUGCCACAUAAAUGUUGCCAUUCCUCUUCUGAUUGAUGGAAGUACCCAUGUGGGAACUGUUUACUUGUGGGCAUUUUGUAAAAUAAGAGGAGUAUAUUGGCAGGGAGGGGGAUGAUGGAAGGAGGUAGAAAUCCAUUUGUCUUACUUAUUUUUCCCUUUUGUAUUAAUAUGGAAGCACUUCACAUGAACUGGACAGUGCUGUUUAUAGGAAGAAGGCUUUGCAUUCCUGCUGCUGCCCUGGAGGGCUUAACUUUUUAAUGAAAGAAUAAAUGCUCUUCCACUCAGUAGAUAAAGUGAAAUGUGAAUUGUUAAUAACUGUGCACAGUC